UUCUAUUCUGAUGUGUCAAGAAAUUCGUUGAUUUUGUGAAUGUUGGCAGAAAGGAACGCAAAGGUUUUUGUUCAUCGUUUGUGAAAAGAUUUAUUGUAUUCGUAUGCAAUAACGAUAAGUGUAUUUAAACUAAAUUGUGCAUGUUUAAUUGCAAGAUAUCCUAGAUAGUCCAACGAAGAACAAAAACAAAACAAAAUGUCCUUUGCGGAAAAAAUCACAGGUUUACUGGCGCGGCCGAAUCAACCUAAUCAAAUAGAUGGCACAGAUGCUCCAUGGUACAUGAAAUAUGGAGGACGAUUGCUGGGUAUCGUUGGUGCGUUCUUCUGCGUACUUUUUGGACUGUGGAAUAUCGUGAGCAUUAUAUUUCUCAACGUUUCCUGCCUGAUCUCUGGUAUCAUACAAAUGGUGGUUGGUUUUAUAGUGAUGGGGCUAGAGGCGCCUUGUUGUUUCUUCUGUAUAGAUUAUGUAAACGAAGUGUCUAAUAAAGUAGAAGCACGACCACUGUGGAAUCGUGCUGCUUUCUAUUGUUUGAUUGCUUUACCUCCUAUAAUUUUGUGCCCGGGAUUGAGUAGUAUUUUCGCAUGCGGUCUUGUGUUUGGCACUGGAGUGAUAUAUGGUCUCAUGGGAUUAGGCAAAAAGGCUUCCGUUGAAGAAAUGCGUCAAGCUGCUGUUCAAUCUGGCCUAGCGGGCACACCCACAGGCACCACAACGAGUGACCGCGCCAGCAUCGUGAACAAUGCUCAACCAUUCUCCUUCACCGGCGCCGUGGGCACAGACAGUAAUGUGUGAUACUAUAAACUUGACUGUAAAAUUACAAAACAAAAAACACAAACCUUUGGAAGCGUUGUACAGAGAAGCAGUUGGCAAAUGCAAGAAACACCAGGUUGGGCAACACGAUCACAGCUCUCGUUCUCAGCGUACAUUGUUUGUAUUAUGACACAGUGCCUCCAAUUUGUUAAGUAACUACGAUGUGAAGGGUUGAAAUAGGAAAUUGUAGUUAACAAUUUGAGUUACAUAAAUGACUUAGCCAACUCCGAUGGAUAGCGCAGCGCCUACAUUGGUUCCAAUAAUUUCGUUGUUAACUGAUAGCUUGCUAAAUAUAAUAUGUACUGUUAUCAUGUAUGUAAUACUUAUUUCAAGUUAAGAUAAAGAGGAGGGUAAAUUUUUCUUUGCAGCUACUUUUCUAAAUAUAAUUACUUAAUAUUCGAUUCUUUCUUAUUCGCCUUUUUGUCUAGGCAUUUUAAAUGUAAGUCGUUCACUAACGAAAUUUAUUACAUACAUACUCAAACACACACACACAUACACUAACACAAGACAGUGCAUAUUUUCCUUGUUUUCGUAAAAUAAAACUUGUCUUAAUUCCUAAAAUGAAUAUUUGUGGCAUUCCAUGUGUAAGUGACAUUCUUGUAAAAGUAAGGAUUGAUGGAAAAAAAAUUGUCAAAUCAUAAGCAUAGAUUUCUUAGUGUGUUUUGAAAACUCUUUAAAUUGUCAGUCAGUUUACGAUAUGUCUUAUAAAUUAAAAAAAAAAACUUAAUAAAAAUACUAAUAAGAAAUUAAUGUCACUUUCAUUGGCAAUGGUAAAUAACUAAUGCAACUAAGCCCUACUUCUGUUUUAUGUAUAUGUAUGCUAUAUAUGUAUACCAGUUCACCUACAUACAUACAUACAUACAUACAUAGCGUUCUCAUCAUGGUAACUGUAUUACUCAUACUUUAUAUGCUACUCCCAUAAUAUUUUAGGCGCCACAAUGAUAAACAAAAAAUGUUUCUAAAAUUAACCCGCAUAUUUCAAUUCAUUCGUUUACUAAAAAGCAAAGUACAGUUAUACGCAUAAGUAAAUGUUGAGCAAACUAAGUAAAUAUCUGCUGUAGACAAAUUUUUAUUGCAGAGUCAGCGCAUCUAUGAAUUGUAUUAACUUAAAAUUAGUCAUAUAUAGUUAAAUAAAUGUAAAAUUUUAUGAGAAAAAAAUAUGUAAAAGAAAAUAUAAAAACCGAAAUAAAGGAAAACUUCAGAUAUCCCUA